AUGUCUAGCGAUUGGGACUAUGAUUGGGGGUUCAAGGCGCCAGCGCCUUCCUCGCCACUCCUACCUCCUCUCUCUCUGCACCAAAGCGACUCUGCUGACAGCAGCUCCGGCACGCAACUCUACCUCUGGGCCUUUGUCGCCGUCCUCCUCGUCCUCCUGAUUGUGAUCGCCGGCCUGCUCUUCCGAGCAUGGCACUUCCGCCGCCUCUUCCGCGCCGAAGUCAUCCACGCCCGCCUCACCGGCGCCCCGGAACCGGUAUACCGCAACCCCUUCCUUGGCGGGCGAUGGGCGCCCGAGUCCCCAUCCGGGGAGCUGAUGGAGGUGCCGACGCUAUGGGACGAGGAGAUGUGCCUCGAGCCCACGCUGCCGUACACGCCGUAUCCGGAGAAGAGCAAGCUGGGCACUGGCACUAUGGACGAGGAGGGGGGAUGGGGCAAGGGCAAGGCUGUAGUCCGGCCUGCGUCUGAUGGCUCGGAGAGAACGCUCUGGGAGGAACAGCUGGAGAAGAGGAAGGAAGACUGGGGUCUGGACAAGGUCCAGCCUGCGUCUUUGCACCGGUUCGAGUACGUCCAUGUGCCCAAGCCGGCCCGCGUGCCCACGACACAGCCCCCGUUCUCGCAGGAGAUGCGCGAUGCCCUCCUCGCUAUCGUGCCCCGGAAAAAGAGGGAGGAGCACGAGGACGUCAUUUACGAGCAGCCGAGGAUAGGUGACGGAGAGCUGAGGGUUGGCGAUGAAGUUGGCGUCGGCGUGCUGAUCGCCAUGCCGCGGCCGACUGGGGAGAAGGAUGGCAACAACGCGGGACAGGCGUGGGGCGAGGGAGAGGGCCUCGAGGCCGCGGGAGAGAUCAGCCUUGGCGUGCUGGAGUGUAAGGCAAUCUAG